AUGGAGAGUUUGAGGAAGUAUGAGAAGGCUUCAGGACAACUGGUCAAUAAUGAUAAAAGCUAUUACUAUAUUCAUCACAAGGUAUCUGCCAGAGUUAAUAGCAAGAUCAAAAGACAUACUGACAUGAGAAAUGGAUCCUUUACUUUCACAUAUUUAGGAUGUCCAGUGUUUUAUGGAAGAAGGAAGCUGAUAUAUUAUAAGGAUUUGAUCAAAAAAGUGAUGAAAAGUAUUUUGUCCUGGCAAAACAGACUGUUAUCUUUCGGAGGUAGAUAUGUGUUGGUUAAUCAUGUGUUACAAACCAUGCCUGUAUAUUUACUGUCAGCCACGAACCCUCCUUCUGGGGUGAUAAAGCAGCUUCACAAGAUAUUUACAAAAUUCUUUUGGAGCAAUACUGUGGGGGUGAAAAGCAAGCACUGGGUGGCAUGGGACAAAUUAUGUCUACCAAAGGAUGAAGGAGGGAUUGGUCUUAGAUCAUUAACUGAUAUAUCCAAUGCACUAUUUGCUAAGUUGUGGUGGAAUUUCAGAUAUGGAAGAAGCUUAUGGAGUAGCUACAUGCUGAACAAAUACUUUGAGCCACAGAUAUUUUGGUAUUUGAGAAAUGGAACUUCAAGAUUCUGGUAUGAGAAUUGGACAAGGCUUGGGGCACUAUAUUAUAUCACUCCUGAUGCUGCUAGAGAAAAAGAGAUAGAGCAUAUCAAGGAUAAUAUCAAAGUUCCAGAUGGAGAAGAAGAUGAUGAACCAUGUUGGAUGUUGGAAACAAGUGGAAAAUUCUCAGUUAAAUCUGCAUGGGAAUUUUUAAGGCAUAGAGAGAGCCAACAAACCAGCUAUAGGUUCAUGUGGGAGAAAGGGUUGCCAAUAAAGAUAAGUUUUUUCAUGUGGAGGGUGUGGAAAGGGAGAAUCUCUACAGAUGAUAUAUUGAAAAGGAUGAUGAUCAAUAUACCAUCAAGAUGCUGGUGCUGUAUCCCCACAGAUGGAAUUGGUCUACAUCAAAUGAUCAUGGCAUGGUGGACUGCUGAGACAAAAUCAAAAUUGCAACCUAUUUAUAGAGCAAUGCCAGCAGUGAUCAUAUGGUCAUUAUGGAAGAGAAGAAAAUACAUUAAGCAUGGAGGAUCAGUUACUUUCUACAGACUGAAACAACAACACCUUAGUAGAUAUAAACCAAAAUUUUAUUAUGCUAAGGUGUUGUGGAGGAUGCCACCUUCAGAGAGAUUAAAAUGUAAUACAGAUGGGUCAAGCAGAGGCACUCCUGGGAUCAGUUCAUAUGGAUUCUACAUCAGAGAUAGCAGUGGAGAUUUGGUUCAACUGGAGACUGAUUCACUUGUACUUCAAAAUAUCUUACAAGAUUCAUGGAUCACUCCAUGGGAACUGAGAAAUCAGAUUGAAGAGAUCAAACAGGACAUGAGAACAGUACAGGUGCAGAGCAAUCAUAUUUUCAGGGAAGGCAACAAGUUGCCAGACUUUCUAGCAAAUCAAACUUUGGAUCAUGCAGAGAUCAAAGUACAUGAAUUUAAACUCAUGCCAUCAGAAGGAAGAAUAAUUCUCAACAUGGACAAAUAA